AAUAUAUCAAAAAAAAAAAAAAACGGUAUUAUCAGUUAUCACUACUGCCCCUUAUCUACUUACUUCUCCGCCUCCUCGUGUAUCGUAUAGCAAUAGCACCAAUCCAAUGGCAACUUUAGAAUCAGCCAUAAUAACUGUAUUAUUCACACCUCAACGUUUUUCAAAUAACUACCAUUUCCUACCUAAAUCACACGAUUCCGUUAAAUUCCAUUCUUCUUCUUCUUCUUCAUCUUCCCUUUUCUCUCACAAACUUCACUUUUCUUCUUCUUCUUCUUCCUCCAAUUCCCGAACACUCUGCUUUGCUUUACAAGAGGUAACAGAGGCAGCAAUUCAAGACGAUAAAACAGAGCCAUUAAACAACGUUAAGAACAAGCUUUGUGUUUUUAACUUACCUUGGUCUCAGUCUGCACCAGACAUCAAGGACCUCUUCGCCCAAUGCGGAACUGUAAUCUCCGUCGAGUUGAUUAUAAAGAGCAAAGAGGGGAAGGGAAAAGGUUAUGCAUUUGUUACUAUGGAUACAGGAGAAGAGGCUCAGGCUGUUGUUGAUAAAUUUAAUGGUCAUGAAAUAUCAGGCCGGAUAAUAAGGGUAGAGAUUGCAAAGAGAUUAAAGAAACCUCCUCCUCCUCCACCUCCUUCAGGUUCACCUUCUAGCGAUGCACGCUAUGUAAUUUAUGCUUCCAACCUUGCAUGGAAAGCAAGAUCUACACAUCUCAAAGACAUCUUCACUGAGAAUUUCAAAGAACCAGUUUCAGCCAGGGUUGUUUUUCAGAACGCUGAUGGGAGAUCUGCUGGGUAUGGAUUUGUUUCUUAUCAUACAAAGGAGGAAGCAGAUGCUGCUGUUUCUGCUUUGGAAGGGAAGGAGUUAAUGGGACGACCACUUCGCGUAAAAAUAAGUGAAAAGAAGGUUAAAAAAGCUGAAAGUGAAGAAGUUGAAGAGAAAAUUGCUGCAAUUGAAGAAAGUGAAGAGCAAAUUGCUGAAAGUGGUGAAGGUGGUGAAAAGCAAGUUGUCAACGCUCAAUUGGAAGAGUCAUAAAUCCAAAUUUUUCAUUUGGACACGGUAAGUAGAUUGAGACGGAACCUCUAAAAGUUGGAAUUUUACCUCAUGUAUACAGAGAUAUGAAGGAUGAUUUCUUGCAUUCACAAUCACUUUUCAAUUAGGUUGAGUUUAACAUACCUCUAAAAUGUAAGUGAAAAUUUAAGAGUUCAAUUUUUAGGGUAUUCGUAAAGUGUGACUAGCAAUUUCAUCUGUUCAGAGUUCAAAUAUUAUAAUUCAAAUAUUAUCUGUUCAGAGUUCAAAUCA